AUGGCAAGCCGGUCACGUCGGAAGGCACUGCGAGAAGCGGCUUCGGUUCGGAUCGUUCCGAUCGAGACCGUGGCAACUGUUGGAACUGAGUCUGGAACUGAAGCGAGGACGAGCAACGAGCGACGAGGAUCGAAAUGCAACGUCGUGUGCCGUGCGCAAGCGCCACUCGGCCCUUCCGCGCUUCAGCUGCUGGAAAUUUCGGCGCAAGUGGAGGCUGCAGAGUGCCAAGUGCGACAGCCAGCGAGACGUCACACCUCUGUGCUGACUUGGCCCGCGUUGCUCAGUCAUAUCCCUUCUUGUGGCCUGCGCAGAGACCGCAGCUUAGAGGAGACCCCGGCUCAGACGGUGAUUUCGGAAGUACAGCCUGGCCGCUUCUUCCAUCCGGCUUCAGAGCGCGCUGCAGCUGAGCCGAGUCAAAUCAAAUCGAGUCGAGUCGGUCUCGCCAGAUCUUUAGAGCUUUCGGGCCUGAGCUCCGUCCAUCGUCCGGCCCGGCCUGUCGCCUUCGGCUGCUUCCUCUUCAAGCACUUCCAUCAUCUCAACUCGACGCUUCACCACUCGUCCAUCUCAGACACAUCAGACAUCCGUCCACUUUCGCACCGCCUCGACUCGUCUUACGCCUCGGAUCUAACCGCGCCCUUGCGCUUAAAGUGCAUCUCCGGAGUUUUAAAUACUAUUUUUGGCGGAAUCGGAUCUCCGCACUCUCGAGCUUCCACUUCUCCGUCACUGCUCUCCUCCGCAACGCUCAGCUGCACGCAUCUUAUCGAAGCCGUCAUCUUUGGCGCCACCCUCGCCUGCAUCCUCGCUGGCAAUCCCACUCAACUGCAUCAGCCUUUUCUUCUCCAUCGACCACAACGCUACACAUUGAACCGCCCAGCACCAUACUCACGACCAUCACUCACACGCCACCCGACGCUCGCCAGCCGCUAG